AAACUCUUUUGCAAAGAACAACCUCCAACAUGCCUAUUUCAGCUCCCCAAGGCGACAAGCUCGCUGAUUUAUUUUCUCUCAAAGGAAAGGUCAUCGUUGUGACCGGGGCAUCCGGACCCCGUGGAAUCGGAUUCGAAACUGCCCGAGGAUCCGCUGAAAUGGGAGCCAAUAUUGCCAUCACCUACCUGACCCGAAAAGACGAAGCGGAGGAAAAUGCCGAGCAGCUGAGAACCGAGUUCAACGUCAACGCAAAAGCCUAUCACUGCGACAUCACAUCUUUCUCGUCUGUCGAAAAUCUCCGAGACUCCGUUAUCCAAGACUUCGGCCACAUUGACGGAUUUGUUGCGAACGGAGGCCAGGCUGCCAACUCCGGCGUACUCGACGGUACCCUUAACGACUGGGCGAAGAUUGUGGAUGUUGACCUCCACGGUGUGUACUACUGUGCCAAAGCCGUUGGUGAACAUUUUAAGGCUCGCGGGAAGGGUUCGUUUGUGAUUACUGCGUCCAUGUCCGGUCAUAUUGCCAACUUUCCCCAGGAGCAAACCUCUUAUAAUGUUGCAAAGGCUGCGUGUGUACAUUUCGCCAAAUCGCUGGCAAACGAGUGGAGGGAUUUUGCUAGGGUCAAUUCUGUUUCUCCUGGAUACAUCGACACUGGACUGUCAGACUUUAUUGAUCGAGAUACAAAACAGCUCUGGCACUCCAUGAUUCCUAUGGGUCGAGAUGGCGUUGCUAAGGAGCUUAAGGGGGCAUAUGUCUAUCUACUAAGCGAUGCCAGCACAUAUACAACUGGGACAGACAUCUUGGUGGACGGGGGCUACACUGCCAGGUGA